AUGCAGCCCCGUCAACCCGGCGAUGAAGCUAAGCAGCAGGCGGCUCUCGAGGCCGUCAGAAAGAUGAUGACUCCGACGAAGGAGGUUCUGCAGCAGCUGCAGCAGAGUUUUCUCGCUGAGAUCCAACGGGGCCUAGCGAUGCACAAGAAGCACGGCAUCAAGUGGGUGCCGGAGGAGUGCUCGAUGAAGAUGCUUGACAGUUGCGUUUCGCAUCUGCCCACCGGAGCCGAAGUUGGCGAGGCGUACGCGAUCGAUUUUGGUGGCUCAACUUGCCGUGCCGUCAGAUGCUGUCUGAUCGGCGGUGGUAAAAUGACUGUCGAGCAGGACAAAGUCUGCUUGCGAAGCGCCGAACAUCGGUGCGCCAAGGGCUUCAUGGACAAGCAGGCCGGAGGCAAAGAGUUGUUUGACCAGUUCGCCAAAUGCGUCCGCGGGCUGAUGGAGCGCUCCGGUGACCUGAAGAAGGCGGAAGACGAGAAGAAGCUUCUCUCUGUUGGGUUCACGUUCUCCUUCCCUUGCGCACAAGCCGCGCUUAACUCCAGCUUCCUCAUUGAGUGGACGAAGGGAUUCGAGACGGGUCGCGAGAACCCGGACCGUGUUGAAGGCAAGGACGUUGCUGUGUUGCUCGCGGAGGCGCUCGAGCGCGCGAACGUUCCCGCUGUUUGCAAGGCCGUUGUCAACGACACCGUUGGCACACUGGUGUCGUGCGCAUACCAGAGAGAGCCAGGCGCUCCGGAGUGCUGUGUUGGCAUGAUCGUUGGUACUGGCUUCAAUGCCUGCUACGUGGAGCCCGAGGCCGGCGACUACGGCUACACGGGCACGAUCGUCAACAUGGAGGCAGGAAACUUCAACAAGGAGCUUCCUCGCAACGAAAUCGACGUCGAGGUCGAUGACAAAACACACAACAGAGGCAAGCAGCAAUUCGAGAAGCUGAUCUCCGGUUACUACAUUGGCGAGAUUGUGCGUGUUGCCGCGGUCAAAGUCUUCGGGGACCGUGCACCCGCGAAAUCGAGUGUCAGGCACUCGAUCCACGGUGAAGUGGCGUCGCUGAUCCGCGACGACCUUAGCGAGGACAAGGCUGCCAGCAUCAAGGCGAUGCAGGAGUGCUGGGACGCAACUAUGGAUAUCGAGGACAUCAAGUGCAUGUGGGAGAUCUGCCGGCUUGUUUUCGAUCGCUCAGCUGCCUUCGCUGCGACGCUCGCAGUUACUCUGUGCUCCAGAUCAGGGCGACUGGAGAGCGGAGCCACUGUUGGUAUCGACGGCGCGUUGUACGUCAAGAACCGGUGGUACCGUGAAUGUGUGGACUACUAUACAACUCUGCUCGCGGGAGAAUUGGCAAAUAACAUCACGUACUGCAUCGCCGAUGACGGCUCAGGCAAGGGUGCAGCUCUCAUUGCUGACGUUGCGUAA